UUCUGUUAUACUUGCCGCAUAUCUUUCGAUUCUGAAGAAGACUACAAGUGGCAUAUUUCUGAAUUUCCUCAUUCUCACUUUAGCUGCAUUUCUUGCCCUCCUUCAGACGCCUUUCUCACGCACGAUCAACUCCAGGCUCACUUGGAACAGAAUCACGCCUCGUGCUCGUUAUGCCAUUUAGCCUUCAUAAACCGCGAAGACGUCGAAAAGCAUGAAGUGCGCGUCCAUAACAAGUGUUUGGAAUGUGGCGAAUUCUUUAGCUGCUAUUGGGAUCUGCUGGACCAUCAGGUCAUACAUGCCGAGCCAUCCUGCGAUUGCGUCUUGUGCGAUCGAGAGUUUACCACCGACUCCGCCUGGGUGCUGCAUCUGGAGCGCCGUCAGUGUCCGUCAGGCAUCAACCGCGGAAACGUCAACGGUUGGGCAAAGGACUGCGACCAAUCUGAGGCAUACCUUGGCAAACAAUUCAGCUACAAAUGUCCCACUUGCGACUGGGAAUUCCAAACCAUGGGGACUCUUUUGGAGCACGUGGAGGGCGACGAGUGUGCGGAGGACUUGGGCGACGGGGAGAGGCCUUUGGCUAUGUUUCUUUGCUUCAUGAGGAGAGGUCUCAUUAAUAUUGUUAACCAGGAGCGCAUUGCUCUACGACGCUCUGAAAACUGA